AUGGCACCAACGAUGAACGAUGAUAAUUCCAUAUCUAUAAGACCACCCGCAAAAAUAGUAGAGAAAUACGAAAGACCACCUAUAAGACCACCCGAAAGACUACAUCCACAAACGCAAGAUCAACCCACAAAAC